ACAUUCAACAAAUGAUAAAAGUCUAAGAAAUAGAGACUCAAUUAGACUAACUACUUUCGUUCCAUCGUACGAUGUGAUAUUUAUACGGACACAUCUAGAUGCAACACACUUAACACACUGCAUUUACUGUACAGUAACGGGUUUCGCUUUUUAUUAGUUUGAUUGAGUCGUCCAAUAUUUCCAUUCAUUCAUUCAUUGUAAAUUCGGACAGUUCUUCACAAUGCCACCAAAUAAAUCUCAAAUAGUGAACGUAAGUGACGAAACGGAAGUGAUAGCCAAACUUUGGCGGCUAAUCGAGCAAGCUGCUGAGACGGCAAUAAACGAAUCUGGUGUCUUUCGCAUCGGUCUAUCGGGUGGAUCGUUAGUUCGCUAUAUGGCAACAGGUGCCCAAUCAUCCACGACGGAUUGGUCGAAAUGGAAAUUGUUUUUCUGUGAUGAACGAUACGUGAAAUUCGAUGAUGUCGACUCGACAUUCGGUCAAUACAGAACCGAAUUCAUUCCCCACACAAAGUUAACCGAAGAUCAGUUCGUGACGAUUGAUACGUCGCUGGAAUUGAAAGACUGUGCCCAGGCAUAUGAACUGGAGAUUUACAAAAAUUUUGGUAUACAAGAUCUGGACUUCAAAACCAUUCCGAAAUUCGACCUGUUGCUGUUGGGAAUGGGUCCUGAUGGUCAUACGUGCUCUUUAUUCCCGAAUCACCCAUUGCUACAAACUGAAGACGUGCUAAUUGCACCGAUAGCAGACUCUCCAAAGCCACCGCCGUCUCGCGUAACAAUGACGUACACUCUCAUUAAGCAUUCCAAGGCUUGCAUAUUUCCGAUCAGUGGAAGUGGCAAGGCUGAUAUUGUAAAACAAAUUUUCGUUGAUAAAAAACCGCUGCCGGCUGGUCUGGUCGAAGUAAUCGAUGGGACCGUCACUUGGAUACUCGAUGCAGGCGCUGCUGCAUUGUUAUAAUUGCGA